GGGUUAAGUCUUCGCAGUCGGUCUGAACAUUUAACAAUUUCUUUGUUUAUUUCUUUCCUUCUUGAUUAAGGCGAAGUUGGCAAAUCCAUUUCUACGCGGACGCGUUGGGUCAGGGUGUAUAUAUAUAUAUACACCAUACACGUGGAGUUAACAGAGCGCAUAUCUUCUUCAGUUCGGCAUGUCAAUCAUGGAGGAGCCACUGCUAUCAGCGGAAAACCAAGGCGGAGGGAGUGGAAGAUGGAAUUCGUCGUAUCAGUACGUCGGCGGGGCGGGUUCUGUAAUUCCAACGGCUUCGCUGGCCGGAACGGAGGUCAGCGUCGAUGAGAUUCGAUCCGCCGCCGCCGCCGCUUCCAGUCCCUACCCACCUAGCCUCCAUGCCCCCUUGGUCAGCUCUCCCCAGUCCUAUCAAUCCCAACCCCAUGAGCCGGGGUUCAACUAUCACGUUGGAUAUUAUGGGGAAGUAGCCAGAGCUGCUGGUGGUGAUCGGAGGCAAGUGCUAGAUGAGGUAGAGAUACGGAAGUUGCUUGUAGACCAUGUUGGUCAUCAUUGGUGUUGGGGAAGCCGUCCAGCUCGAACCUGGAAAAUCCAUGCAGUUGAGGACUGCAAUGUAUAUGUGGGAACUCUCGAUACUUUUAUAGAAGAGAGGGAAAUGAUCACUGAAACAGAGCCGUACUCUGGCGGCAAUAUUGAAGGAAAGGAUAAAAAACCUGAACCUGAACCUGGAAUAUGGGAAUUGGAUUUAAGGUCUGAAUUUCCCGUCUUGUUUAUACCUCACAAAGAGUCGCGGACAAGAGUUCCUCAUUCUGAAAAGAUUGACAAAUGCCCAGGUUGUCGUGGACUAGGAAGUGUAGUCUGUCCCAAUUGUAAUGCAGAUCAUGACCCUGGAUUCUACAAUGUGGGCCAAAUGUCUAAGUGUCCUACUUGCUAUGGGAGAGGACUACUUGCAUACAAAGAUGGAUCUGACAUAAUAUGUCGAAAUUGUAAAGGUCAUGGGAAACUUCCUUGUGCCAAUUGCGAGUCCCGUGGUCUAAUCAAAUGUCAGACUUGCAAGGGAGGUGGCUCAUUUUUGUCAUACAAAGUAGCUAUUGUCAGAUGGAAGACACUCUCAACGCGAAAAGUGAAUGCUACAAGUGGAGCAGCCUCGGUUCCAGACGACGUCUUCCACAAAGCUAAAGGAGUCCAGCUAUGCAAUAACCAAGCGCACCAGUGCACGCCUGCCUAUUUCGCGGAUUCAUAUUUCCUCAACAAGUUUUCUUCUGAGGUCAUUGCAGAGAGGGCUGAUGUGCCACAAACCGCGAGGGUCAUAUGCGAAAGGCAUACCAUCUCGGUGGUUCCAGUGACCCGUGUGACCAUGACUCACCACAAACGCUCAUUCAGUUUCUACAUCAUUGGAGUCAGCAUGGAGGUGUACCUGUGCGACGACUACCCUUCGAGAUUUUGCUGGGGUCUGUGCCCAUGCUUGGAAUGGUUGAAUGCUUAAAACUGUAAAUUUUCUUGUGAGCAGAACAGUUGAGUACUUGUGUGAAUUCUUUAGUAAUGCUUCAUUGUGAUUCUUAAAAUUGUUUGCAGUAUUGAGAAAUCUUUGUCUCAUGAAUUUGAUGUUUCUCCGGUAACGGUAGGCCGCCGAACAUGAAACACGUGAACAGCAUCCAAGAACGGUCACUAUGAUUAUACUAUUUACAUGUGACUUUAAGUA